AUGCUGGGCUUUUGGUCUUCCUCUAGCGCCCAGCGACUGCCACUGAAUAGGGGUGACUUCGUAUUUCCUGAACUGAACGAGCUCACGAUCGGUGAUCCCUGCACGAUUGAGCCAUCUUCGCAACCAAACGGAAUCACUUACGCCCGCGAUGGCAUUUGCCGACGGGUGCGUGAAUGCGCCUCCUUCGUGCCCCGUAUAAUUCUGGAACCGUUUGACAUCCGGCGUGACGUUUGUUUUUUCGAAGUGCAUGAUCCAGUAGUGUGUUGUAUCGAUUUGCCCGUGUCCGGUAACGAUCUGCAAUUUCAGAUCUUGCGCAAACGACUGGCUGUGCCAGUUCUCGACGAUACUAACAUGAUACAGUAGUUAUUCCAUAAAGUGUGUGCGUUGAAGUAAAAAGCAUGGAUACGUUAAUAGCAACAUGAAAGAAAAAUAUAUUGUUAACAUUAUUAGAUAGAUAGUCUUUUUAAACAUAAAUAAGUUGUAAUGUUUGCUAAUAAGUACAAUAAAUGCCAUAUAAAGUCA